AAAAAUUUGAACUUCAAUUUUAACUUUUUUCAUAGAUACUUUACAUAUUUUGUACAUAUAAAUAAAAAGUAGACAAAUUUUCAAUCAACAAGUUGAAAGAUUAGUAUUAUCUUUGGGGUAAAUUACGACUGAUAAUUUUAAAAAUGCGAUUUAUAAAGUAUAUUAAAACAUAUUCUACGGUAUUUAUAACCGAUCUAACAACUUCUAUUGCCCUUUUUUAUUUGUGGAACAAGGGAUACAAAUAUUUGGCAUCAACAAUUUCUUUAUGUGGUAUCGGUGCUACUUACUUAUAUUGCUGUAUUAAAUCUCGGGAUAAAAUAUUCUCAAAUCAUGCUAUUAUCGUGACUGGUUGCGAUUCAGGAUUGGGAUAUAGUCUGGCUCUGCAUUGUCGGCAGCUUGGGGCAAUUGUAAUCGCUAGUGUAUUGCAAAUCGAUGGACCCGGAGCUAAACAAUUAGAAAACGAAAAUGUGCUCGUUUAUCCCUUGGAUGUAACAAAAAUUAAAAGUAUUGAAAAUUUUGCGAACUCUGUUCGAACAGUCUUGACGCAAAAUAAUUUAGUGUUACGGUGUUUGAUCAAUAAUGCGGCGAUAAUGAUCUUCGGUGAAUUCGAAUGGCAAACAGACGAGCAGCUUAGGAAUCAAAUAGAAGUGAAUUUGCUGGGCACUAUGAGAAUCACUCAAGAACUGAUGCCGAUGAUUCGCGCCCACUUCAGCCGGAUUAUCGUAAUCUCGAGCCACUGUAACAUCCAACCGAUUCCGGGAGUAGCAGCUUACAGUGGGACAAAAGCUGCCCUCAAUGCUUGGGCCACUGCCAUUAGAAUGGAGUUGAAGAAGUAUGGCAUUAAGGUCGUUCGCUUUAUCCCUGGUUCGUUCGUAAAUGAGAGCAAUAUAUUAACACGACAAGUUGAACACUUCGAGACGAUGAGAAGAUCGAUGUCCGAGGAGGCGAAAACGUUUUACGGUGAUUAUUUCACCAGAUAUUCGCAAUAUUUCACUUCUAUAGGACAAGAUACGACUUUGAAAAAGCUACAAGACAAGGGUAUCUACGAGAUUUUCGAAGGUGCUCUCCUAGAUAAAUAUCCAUCGGCAAUUUACAAGAAUGAAUCAUGGCGAUAUUUCAUUUAUCACACUUUAUUUAUGAUCUCGCCGAUUUGUUUGCGAGAUAGACUGGUCCAGAAAUUUAUACAAGCCCCUUUAUGGACGAAAAAAUGUUAAUGAUUCAACAAGUUCCAUGGAUUGCGAAAAAUUAAUUUAACUUAAAAAUUUAAUCGAGAAUAUUUAUGUUUGUAUAAAAAGAAAAAUUUUUUAUAAAUAAAAAUAAAUAAAAAUAAAAUUGUUAU